CUAAGAAAACUCAAAUAUGGUGAACCAUUUUUUAGUGUCAGCCUCUCAACCAUGUCAAUAUCAAUUUCUAGCACCUGUUCACCGCUUUCAUGGCGAAACUACCGUUACUCAACUCCCAAACUCACAACCCGUGCCACAUUUUUCCGCCAAGGGAGCAGCAGCAGCAGCACUAAUCAAACCCUUCAAUUCAACUCCUCUACAUCAGAUUCUUCGUUCACCCAACGAUUUGGGCUUCGCAUUUCUGGGGCUAAAUUGGGAUUUUAUGUUCGAGCUGAGAAUAGUGGAGGAGAGAAAAAGAGAAGUGAGCAAGAAAUUGAGGAUGAAGAAUUGGAAGAAUUGAGGGGUAAAAGCACAAUGCCUGAUAGAUUUAAGUACUUGUCUAAGGAAGUUCCUUCUCCUCCUCUUCGUUGGCCUUGGUUUGUAGCGCUAGCAUUUCUCAUCUAUGCUUGGAGAUCAGUCUUGUGGGAACUUUCCAAUUGGAAAAAGCUCGUAGUGAAUAUUUUCCAUUUUAUUGGAUACCUAUCGAAAUUUGUCUUGGCUCUCAUAUUCCAUUUCAUAGGUGACCCUAUCUCCUACACAAUUCUCUUUUUUGAGACUGCAGUUCAUGCAGUACGUUCCUUUUACUCCAGCAUAGUGACAUCUGCUCCAAUACCAGAAUUAACCUCUAUCAUUAUGCUCGCUUCUAUUAUACUUGCAAUUGGAGAAGUGGCUUCUCCAAACUCACUAAAGUGCCAACCCUACCUUCUUACUGUAGCUGGGAUUAUUGGUUAUGGAGCAGUGAGAGGUUUCAUCAUUGAACCAGUCUUCUGGCUAAUGUUUGCUGGUCUCUUCAGCUUUUCCCGAUUAUUUAAAAACAGGGAUAAUGUUUCUUCUGCAUUACCUGUAGCAACUGUAUUGGCCUCUGUUGGUGAGCCAUGGGUUAGAGUUUUAACGAUAAUAUCCUUUACAGCAUUGGCUAUUCAUCAUCAUUCUAAAAACCUUGCAGAAGGAAGUGAAGUAGCUGAAGUUACUCCCUCUAUGGGAAAAGUUCCAUUUCCUUUGUUGGGUGUCGCAUUAGCCAUUGGAAUUCGUGUUGCUGCUAAGUGGGCUGGCUAUCGCCAUUUGACAUGGAUGGUUGUGUAGUUAAUGUGGAGAAAAUUUCAAGCUCCUGAGCUUACUAGAAGAAAAUUUCGUGAUCUUGGCUUUGCAAGUUUAUGUGCUUCGUUGAGCUGUCCGAAUAUGGUUGUAUUACUGAUGUAAAUGUUUACAUUGUAGCUUGUACUUGGCAAUUUUGUAGCAACUUUUUACGAAAUACUGUAGUUUGUUCUUUGUUAGAUGGGUUUGUAUGAUAUGAGUUCCCUCCAGACAGAAUUACAAAUGAUAGCCCAACAGUUUGGAAGAAGAAAAUAAUCAAGGUUACAAAUUUUCUUCAUUGAAAGAGCAUGGAGCCGUGGAACCUUCACAUAAUACUUUAUGAUCCAUUUCGUACAGUAUAUAUUGUUAUUCUAAUUUAAAGUGAUGGAUGUCAUAAUUUUGACGGUUCAAUACUCAACAAGUCAGCAACAGCAGGGAUUCUCAUCAGAGACAGUAGUGGGGCAGUUUUAGGAGCUCGCGCUUUCAACCUCGGCACCACCAAGGUUUACAUAACAGAGGCCAUGACUCUUUUUAAAGGCAUUCUUCUAGCUCUUGAGCGUGGGAUCAAAAAUAUCAUAAUUGAAGGUGAUAAUCUUUUGGUAAUCAACUCCGUUAAUGACAUCUGGUCAACACCAUGGCAAAUUGAUCAUAUUAUUAAAGACAUUUGUUCACUUCUAAGCAAUUUCGAUAACUGGAGCGUUCGUCACAUCUUUCGGGAGGCAAAUCAAGCAGCGGUCUGGAUAGCAAAUGUAUAGCAAAUGUUGGUCAUUUAGUUAGUAAUAGUAUGGAUAUAGUUCCUUGUAAUAAUUCUUCUUUAUUUCCCAUUCUUUCUACCGACGCAUUAGGAAUUCCCCUCGUGAGGAGGGUUUCCUAAUGUUUACUUUUUUCUUACCAUUGUAAAAAAAAUAAAAAUAAAAUAAAAUACUAUAGUUAUAGUAGUAUACAAUGUAUACACUUCAAAUCUCUUCUAGCACGCAAAUCUCCUAUU